AUGGCCGACGCGCUGUCCGUGAUUCCGGCCAACGUGCUCCGCAAUUUGUCCGAUAAGCUCUACGAGAAACGGAAGAAUGCCGCUCUGGAGGUUGAGGGGAUAGUGAAGCAGCUGGCUGCAGCAGGCGAUCAUGACAAGAUAUCGGCGGUUAUCGAUUUGUUGACCUCUGAGUACACUUACUCUCCUCAAGCCAACCACCGCAAGGGUGGGUUGAUAGGUUUGGCUGCUGCAACGGUAGGAUUGACAUCAGAAGCAGCUCAGCAUCUUGAGCAAAUUGUGCCACCUGUGCUUCAUUCUUUCUCUGACCAAGAUAGCAGAGUCCGGUAUUAUGCAUGUGAAGCUCUAUAUAACAUUGCAAAGGUUGUCAGAGGGGAUUUUAUUGUAUUCUUUAACCAAAUAUUUGAUGCUCUCUGCAAACUUUCUGCCGAUUCAGAUGCCAAUGUACAAAGUGCUGCUCAUCUGUUAGACCGACUUGUAAAAGACAUUGUCACAGAAAGUGAUCAGUUCAGCAUUGAAGAAUUCAUUCCUCUGUUGAGGGAACGUAUGAAUGUGUUGAAUCCCUAUGUCCGCCAAUUUCUGGUAGGAUGGAUUACAGUUUUGGACAGUGUUCCUGAUAUAGAUAUGCUGGGGUUUCUACCAGAUUUCCUUGAUGGUUUGUUCAAUAUGCUGAGUGAUUCUAGCCAUGAAAUACGACAACAAGCUGAUUCUGCACUUUCUGAGUUUCUCCAAGAAAUAAAGAAUUCCCCAUCUGUAGAUUAUGGGCGCAUGGCUGAGAUACUGGUGCAAAGGGCAGCUUCUUCUGAUGAAUUUACUCGGUUGACAGCCAUCACUUGGAUCAAUGAAUUUGUGAAACUUGGCGGAGACCAACUUGUGCCUUAUUAUGCUGAUAUUCUUGGAGCAAUUUUGCCUUGUAUUUCUGACAAAGAAGAGAAGAUUAGAGUGGUUGCCCGUGAAACCAAUGAAGAGCUUCGAGCUAUCAAGGCUGAUCCUGCAGAGGGGUUUGAUGUUGGAGCAAUUCUCUCAAUUGCCAGGAGACAACUGUCUAGUGAGUGGGACGCUACCCGAAUAGAGGCAUUGCACUGGAUAUCUGCUCUUUUGAACAGACAUCGAGCUGAGGUGUUAAAUUUUCUUGAUGACAUAUUUGAUACUCUCUUAAAAGUACUAUCAGAUGCUUCUGAUGAGGUUGUACUGCUGGUUCUUGAUGUUCAUGCAUGCAUCGCGAAGGAUCCACAACAUUUCCGCCAACUUGUUGUCUUCUUAAUGCAUAAUUUCCGCAUUGAUAAUUCUCUUCUGGAAAAGCGUGGUGCCUUGAUCAUUCGGCGUCUUUGUGUGCUUUUAGAUGCUGAACGGGUAUAUAGGGAACUGUCCAAAAUACUUGAGGGUGAAGCUGACCUGGAUUUUGCUUCUAUUAUGGUUCAGGCUUUGAAUUUGAUUUUGCUUACGUCCUCUGAAUUAGCCGAGCUUCGAGAUCUGUUGAAACAAUCACUGGUGAAUGCUGCGGGCAGAGAUUUAUUUCUAUCAUUAUAUGCUUCGUGGUGCCAUUCGCCGAUGGCCAUCAUUAGCCUUUGCUUGUUAGUACAGAUGUACCAGCAUGCCAGUGGCGUGAUACAGUCACUAGUGGAGGAGGAUAUUAAUGUGAAGUUCUUGGUACAGCUGGAUAAACUGAUUCGGCUGCUUGAGACUCCGAUUUUUGCUUAUCUAAGGCUGCAGCUUCUUGAGCCAGGAAGAUACACAUGGUUGUUAAAAGCCUUGUACGGUCUUCUCAUGUUGCUUCCCCAGCAAAGUGCCGCUUUUAAGAUUCUGCGGACUCGAUUAAAGACGGUACCGUCAUAUUCCUUCAGUGGGGAUCAUCAGGUUAAGCGGACGUCUUCAGGGAACCCGUAUUCUCAAAUUCUACAUCACAGUCCAAGUGGAUCACAGCUCUCGGAGGAUGGCGAUGUAGUAGGGCAGGAAUCGGGAAAUCCUAAUUCUCAAAAUGGGAUUAACUUCACUUCAAAGUUGCAGCAGUUUGAGCAAGUCCAGCGCCAACAUCGUAUCCACACAAGAGAGCUGGCACAUUUGCGCAACACUUCCACUUCCACUUCCACUUCAUCACUAAAGGAGGUUCAGAGGUCGGAAGAAACUCGGAGACCUACGUCCUCGUCAUCUACAUCAACGGUAGAAGUAAAUAGGAUGCCAUCAAGAUCAUCCAGGAAAGGCCCAGGGCAGUUGCAACUAUAA